AAUAGUAUAUAAGGUUUCCAAAUUUAAAAAUAAACUCAGAAUGAAAGAUUUCUGACUUGACGAAAGACUGUUUGAAUUCCCCCCACCAGAGAAGGAAAGUUAAGUAACUAGCAAUGGCCACGAGUUCUUCCCAAACACUUGCUCUUCAGAGAAACUCCAGUGAGCAGAACCGUUUCAUGGAGAAAUUAAUGACGAAAAUAUUUAGCUUCUACGACGAGCAGUCUCUAAUCGAUGUGACAUUUAAAGUUUCAAACCCAACGGCUCUUGUACCCGCGCAUCGUUUGAUACUCGCAGCAGCGAGUCCUUACUUCGAGAACCUUUUCAAUAGCAAUCAAGGCACUAAUCCAGUCAUCGAGAUAAAUGAUAUCGAUACCGAUAUUUUCGAGCAUCUAAUAACCUUUUGUUACACCGGACACGCCCCAAUUACCGUUAACAAUGUCGCUGCCAUGCUAAAUGCGGCUAUCGUUUUGCAAUUGGACGAUGCCAUAACCAGCAGUGUGGACUACCUCAUGACACAUAUGGAUGAAUACACUUUACAGGGUGCUUAUAGGCUGCAGCUUGAAAUGAAAUGUGAACAUCUUAAGCAGAAAAUCAUCGAAUACGAGACCCAGAAUUUCAUGGAGAUCAGCCGAAGCGAUGAGUUUUUGAAUUUUGAUGUAGAAAAAUUGCAACGUAUCUUGGUAUCUGACAAUUUGAACAUAACCCGUGAGGAAGAUGCCUACGAUGCCAUACAACGCUGGUACAAUUACGAUGUUCCUGCGCGUCAAGAGCAACUGCCACUUUUAAUAGCUUGUCUCCGGCUUAUCCAAUGCAACGUUGACUUUCUGAUGACACACAUACAGCCGUUACCUGGAUGUGAGCUACUGGCCUUCAAGGCGUUAUCGUGGAUCAGAGAGCCUAAAGCACGGCCAAUGAUAAAUAUGCGAUUUACGGAACCACGUGGUGUUAGUGCUUCAAAUUGUGGUGAGAAAACAAUCCUAGCGCUUUGCUCAGAGCUUGAAAUGAAUCCCAAGCUGCAGCAAUAUAAAAAAACUGAGGAUAAGUGGCAGGAAUAUGCGAGUAUAAAAACCGAUUACCGAUGGUAUGAAACUAUUUUAAAGGAUGAUAAUUUAUUAUUUAUUGGCGGUUGGAAAAGGGGUGCCACACUUAACGUCGUCCGCAGCUGGAAUAUGCGAAAUAAGACAUGGCAAAAUUUAACUCCCAUGAAGCAAGCAAGAAUUUCACACAGCGUUGUCGAAUUAAAUGGCAAAAUCUACGCGAUUGGUGGUUUUGAUGGUAAUAAUGCUUUGUCGUCGGUGGAAAGAUAUACGACUUCCGAUGGUUGGGAGUUCGUGAACAGCUUAAAUGUUGGACGAUGUGACGCAGGUGCAGUGACAUUAAAUGGUAAAAUUUAUAUAAUGGGUAAUGGCACAACAAAAUCCGUCGAAUGCUACAAUCCAGAUUCGAAUACUUGGACUUUUUGUGCGGAGAUGACAGAAUAUUCCCAUUUACCUGGUAUUGCAGCACAUAAUGGUCACAUUUAUGUUGUAAGCCGUAGCGGUGCUGAACGUUACGAUCCUCAGCAAGACACAUGGUCACAGAUUUGCUCUUUGGGAUUUGGUGGUGGUUAUAAAGCUUGCGUAACACUAGACAAUAGACUGUGGACUAUUGGUGGCAAGUCUAAAUCUGCUGACAAGCCAUGUGUAUCAGUCUUUGAUGAAGAAAAUUCCUGUUGGCUAGAAAGGUGCUCUUUACCCGAAAGUAAAGUGUAUAACUGCUUUGUUGUGCCUGAAUCCUUGCUGUCGUCGAUGUAAAUAAAAAUAAUGUAAUUAUUGUUCCGUUUUUCGAUCUAACAAAUUAUUUUAUAAUAAAUUAUCUCAUAAAAAUAAUAUAAAACUUCACUAUUGUCAUACAAAAAUAAUUAUUUUAGAAGCAGGGAAUGGUCCUAAAUGCACUUUAACUGAAAGUUAGGAAUCCGUAGUGUGAGUCCAAUUCUAACAUCGGUAGAAUCCACAAGUUUGACGACUUCUUCCUUCUUCUUAAUUGGCGUAGACACCGCUUACGCGAUUAUAGCCGAGUCAACAACAGCGUGCCAGUCGUUUCUUCUCUUCGCUACGUGGCGCCAAUUGGAUAUUCCAAGCGAAGCCUGGUCCUUCUCCACUUGGUCCUUCCACCGGAGUGGAGGUCUUCCUCUGCUUCCCGCGGCGGGUACUGCUCAGAAUACUUUCAGAGCUGGAGUGUUUUCAUCCAUCCGGACAACAUGACCUAGCCAGCGUAGCCGCUGUCUUUUAAUUCACUGAACUAUGUCAAUGUCGUCGUAUAUCUCAUACAGCUCAUCGUUCCAUCGAAUGCGAUAUUCGCCGUGGCCAACGCGCAAAGCACCAUAAAUCUUUCGCAGAACUUUUCUCUCGAAAACUCGCAACGUCGACUCAUCCGUUGUUGACAUCGUCCAAGCCUCUGCACCAUAUAGCAGGACGGGAAUUAUGAGUGACUUAUAGAGUUUGGUUUUUGUUUGUCGAGAGAGGACUUUGCUUCUCAAUUGCCUACUUAGUCCGAAGUAGCACCUGUUGGCAAGAGUAAUCCUGCGUUGGAUUUCUGGGCUGAACGGCUGUUUUUGGACGACAUUCACGGAAUUCGUCUUUGAGCGAACGUCGGCCACGAUUGAAUUCGUUGUACCAGUUUUUCACAGUGCUAUAGGAUGGUGCUUCAUAGCCAUACAAAGAUUUUAGUUCAUCGAUGCAUUCUUGUCGUGAUAAUCCACGUCGGAAGUUGUGAAAAAUGAUCGCACGAAAAUGUUCACGAGUUAGUUCCAGAGAUGAAUUUUUUAAUUCCCUGUAAAUAAAACAAUUCACGAUUAAAUGACAAAACGUUCUGAGUGAUGUUAUGCUAAAAAAUGUCAAACUUUCCAAUGGAAAUGUCAGAUUGCACCUGGCAACACUUAGUGUUGCCUAGGCCAGAAAUAUAUAUAGCAGCCCUCGUAUAUAGGCCACAAUAAUUAAUUUAUUUAAUUUGAACCACUAUGACACGGUUUUUAAAUAGGUGAAAAAAUGGGGACGCUAAAAAAUAUUUAUUCUCACAGUGAGCGGUAAACAAAAUAAGUUUGGGAACCACUGGUCUAGACGGUCAUUUUACUUAGAAACCAUGUCAGUAAAUCGAUCGUAUAGUUUGGGAUAUAUACAAAUUGUUUAAAGCUACAAGAGAAUGGCUCCCUAGCUAUUAAAGAAUCGACCAAAGGAUAUUCUUUUAUGAUAUACUUUUUAAUUGACACUGAUGAAAGGUAGAAUGUUUACUUGAGUUAAUUUCUCUAUAAACUAUGUGUGUCGCUAUAUGACUUAUUGUUUUAGGUUUUUACAAACAACUGAAUAAAACGGUAAUAACGAAUACUGGAAGAACUACAGUAACAGAAAUUUCAAAAUCAAAAUCAUAUUUGGUAUGAUGGCAUAAUAUGACAUGAA